UUUUUGCACCAAGCGAGUAAAUGAGUGAAGUUAUUCAUUUCAGUCGUAGUUUAAUUAUCGAAAUUAGGCUUUCAUAUCAACAAUAAGCCUAUUCUUGUUGUUAAGCUAGUUAUAAAGCUGUAAUUCUUAAUACCGAGUUUUCGUUAUAUUCCGCAAAUGCAAUUCUAAAUUUACAUUUUGCGACGGGAUUAUAAAGUAUUUUUAGUUUCUGUUUGUAUGUAAUAUUUUCAUCUUGUGCUUUGUGCGAACGACUAUAUUAUUGUUGUCGUUACACACGUGAUUCGAGGACGAGGCUUGUUUACACAAAUCAAAUUAAUUUAAAUAAGUUAAUUUAUAAUGAACAUUUGUGAAAUGAUAGUUUAUUGAAUACUAAGUGUGCUUUUGAUUACGAAACAUUUUAUCAACACACUUCCUUUUGUGCCUAGAACAAUGUCCUCUCGUCGUCCGAAGACUUCAAUAAGAGUAUGAUCGACGAAUUCGGGGUGCAAGAAUAACAUGAACUGAACUAAAAUGCUGUCCAGAGUCAUAAUAGUACUAUGCGGCUUCUUCACGGCGGUCUGCUGUAACAUCAUUGUUUACACGCAGACGAUACCACAUGCGAUAAUGGAGGAAUUCCGCGACAUCCCGGCUAGUUUCGGCGAGGAACUGCCGCCGGAGGGUCUGCGCGGACUCCUGGUCGAGGGCGUCCCGGCUGACGGAUGCACGGCCCUGGAUAAACCGCCCGUUGUCGACAGCUUUACCGGGAAAUGGAUCGUACUCGUAGCCAGAUACAACUGCAGCUUCGAAGUGAAGAUACGCAACGCGCAGGCGGCCGGCUUCGAUUGCGCGAUCGUGCACAACGUGAACUCGAGCGAUUUGGAGAAAAUGUCGGCUAAGAAUCCGGAGGGCAUCGUGAUACCUUCAGUGUUCGUCAGUGACGUGGCCGGCGACAUACUGGCAGCGGAAUACCAAUAUAAUGCCGGUUUCUUUAUAAUGGUGAACGGCGACCUACCGUUCAACAUCAACACGCACCUGCUGUUGCCCUUCGCAAUAGUGGUCGUGCUCUGUCUACUCGUCAUAUUUAUAUUUAUGAUAGUGAAAUGUAUAAAAGACAGACGCAGAGCCAGAAGGCACCGCUUACCGCAUCGUGCGCUUUCGAAGAUACCGACGUGCAAGUUCAGCAAGGGCGACCCGUACGACACGUGCGCCAUCUGCCUUGACGACUACCAGGAGGGGGACCGCCUGCGCGUGCUGCCCUGCGCCCACGCUUACCACAGCGCGUGCAUCGACCCGUGGCUGACGCAGAACAAGCGCGUGUGUCCGGUGUGCAAGCGCCGCGUGGUGUCCGCCGGCGAGCCCCGCCCCCGCCGCUCCUCCUCCUCCUCCGACUCCGACACCGAGCCGCUCCUGCCGCAGCCGCGGGACCAGGGAGGAGGAACAUUUGAAGAGCAACGCGAGAAUCCUUUCGUGCGAGCGGCGAGAUUCAUGUCGAGGUUGCGGGCUCGAAAUAACCAGAAUAGUGCUGAUGCAGAGGUCCCUCCUGAACUAGAAGAUAGUCAAGAAACGUCUGAUCAGGACGAAUUGAACGGCAGUACCGAGGCGCAGCCCCUGCUGGAGGAGCGCGCCCCCCACUCCAUCAACGGCUCCUCGCGCGGGGAGAUCGGGGUGGCGGCGCUGCCGGCUCCCGCCUACCACUCGCUGCCGCGGUACAUCGACUUAUGAGCCAGUACCCCUGCGCCGCACGACCCCCGCCCCCCGCACCGCCCCCGCCCAGCCGCGCCCCAACCAUCACCAAAACGUCACAAGGAGUUUACGUUGCUUUUAGUUCACGAACUACAUGUAAAGUUAUCCGCCAUUUUGAAUACAGAUGAUACGCAAAGCGAAUCUGUUUUUUUUUUUGUAAAAUCUUUUUUGUAGUUUCUCGUGAAAAGGUCAGAUUAUUAUUAUAUUUAAUGGUAAAAUGUUACAGAAACAAAUGUUGUUAAUACAGUUUUUUGUGUACUAAAACUUUGAAAGUAUAAGUUUAAUGGAAAAAAAUGGUUAUUAAAAUGCUAAUGGUGAACGGAUUUAAGGUAUUUUUAAAUAAUAUCUGGUUGUUACGAUUGAAAUCAACUAAAACCCCGGACGAGCUGAGGAUGGGUGCGGAACAUUAUUUAUGUAAAAAAUUUCGAAUAAAAAGCCGAGAAUAAUGUUUUAAAUUAUUCACUAUUGAAAGCCACGGACUUUUGUUAUUUUCAAUUAAUUUGGUCUAAUUUUCAUUUAUUAAUUAAAUCUUUUUUUGAAACACUAAUAUGAUAUCGAGAGGCGAAAAGCCAUUUGGUAUCAGCGAUAUUUUUACAAAUUUACAAGAAGCCAUUUAAAGUUUAAAACUUUUUUUAAAAAAAUUCUUAACAAAAAAAAAAACUUCAUCUAUUUGAAUGAUGUAAACUCAAUUGAAGUUCAAUUAAAAAUAUCGAUUUUUUUUAUACUAAUACCAAGUAAAAAUGAACUUUGAUUACUAAGAGAUAUGUCGCUUAGACUAAAUAACCUUUCACCUCUCGAUAUAAACUUAGCUCAGUGGACUUACUGGGCAGCGAGGAGUGUGUUUAGUAACAAUUCUAAAAGCUCAAAAAGUCAAAUAACAAUCCACUCCGCUUUGUAUGCAAAUUUACAAUAUCCCCUUAACAUCAACACUUAGACGCACUGUGUUUAGUUAAAAUAACAUAAUUUUUUAAAAAAUAUACUCGGAAGACAUAAAGUCAUAUGUGUGGUAGAUUUCACUUGGCCCUUAGUUUUGGUUUCGAGAUUAAUAUUUAUUAUUUUAAGAUUUUAUAAAUCAAUAAAUGAUCUUAAAAUGCGAUAACACUACUUAUAUUGUUUUUUUUUUUGUCAGAAUUACAGUUUCUUUCUUUUUUUUAGUUUAUGGCUAAAAGUUUUUUUUUUUUGUCAUUCAGAACCAAAUCUAAAGAUUUGUCAGAGAACUGUUUCACUAAAUAUAUAAACCAGGGAAACUUAUGAAAACAAUCUUCGAGUGAUUUAAGUCACAAUUGUGUUGUUGGUUAUUUUUAGGAUAACAACAGUACAGAUGUAGCCAUGAUGAUAACAUUAAAUACGGCGAUUAAACUUUAUAUAAAUAUAUGCAAGCUUGAAGUUUAAAAAGAUACCCCACUAUUUAUCUCGUCUAAUACAACGUAAAAUACAUACAAUCAUAAUCCUGACACGAUAUUCUAAAGUCUGCAAAAGGAAAUAAACGAACAAACAGAUGGAUAGCUUUAUGCAGAAAAGUCUUAAGAAGUUAAUUGUUUGCGUAAUCGAACCGAUGCGGUGACCGAAGUCCUCUCUCUCUCUGCUCUCUGGUCACGUGGAUGCUUUCUUAAGCUCCCGAUAACUGGUAGCUCGCUAGGCACGGGUUGGCAUUGCUAAUGGCGUUGACAACGACUCCGUUUGAACCGCUAGCUCGCUGCCAGCGUUGUCAGCUAAUGAAAAAGCUAACUAGAAGGUCAGUUUUAUAUUUGUGAAUAGAAUAAAAUUUUCGGCAUCCUUGUCGGAUGGACUUCAUUGAAAUAUUUGGAACGAUCUUCACCGCUCGGCAAGGUCGAACAACAAUAUGUAUUAUAUAAUAAUAACUUAUAAUUUAGUACGUAAGUGUAUAAAUUUUAUUAUUAAUAAGGGUUUAAUUUCACGGUUUUAAUUCGUUCACAUAUAGAAAGCGCACGUUAUAUUUUUGUAUCAUACUGCCUAUUUGUAGUUAAUUGUUUUAGUUCGUUUUAUCAUAUUGACUGUACGCGUGACAUAUUAUUAUGUUGGCAGAUUAUUAGAAACGUUAUGGCCGCCCCAACUAGAGACUUAACCCUGAGUAAUUAUGUCGAUUUCUCUCUUCGAUUUUCGUACUAAGACGUCGGAAUAUCUAGUAGACUUUGGGAAAGACAAAUCCGAAGAUACUGUGAAUAAAUCUAUUUCUAAGAGACUUGAAGGCUUCCACGCGUACCUUCGUACGCGGGCAAAAGCUAGUAAUAAAUAAUGGUAGGAACCCAUUAACCAACAUUAUUAAAAAUGUAGAUACGCAAAUAAGUUUAAAACAAUUGGUAGUAGUAUAAGUAUAUGAUUAUGUAAAUUAGUAUCACAUUACUGCCUGAUGGUUUUUCUUUUCAAUAUAUUUCCAGUAUACAUUAACAACGAAAAAAAGGCAAAGUUAGGCAAUCCAGGCGCUUAGUAACAGAAAUCGACGUAAUUACUUGAGUGCGCCGCGCAGGUCACCGGUGACCUACGCGGCAGUCAAAGGGUUAAGAUGGCCACUGUUAGUACUGAGAUUUGUAAACUAAAUGUAUGUUAUAAUUCCGAGGCCCCGCCAACCGCCGUUCCCUGUCGACUCCAAUGAACCACGGCAUCCAGUAAGCAAGACUGCGAGAACGCCAUCUUCGAAUGCAAUUAAUAAAUAAUAAUUAAUGUUUUGUACGAAGAGAAUUAAAGUUAUAAUGUUUGA